AAGAGACCUGGAGACAAUGAAAGGCACGGGGCAGGAUUAGGUACCUCAUCCACAGCAGCUGGCUUCUUCACCUGUCACCUCCCUAAAUCUCUGCACCUUCCAACGCUGUUCUCUCCCAGCUGGCUCCCCUCCUAGAAGGAUGUCUGUCUGCUACCGUCCGCCUGGGAAUGAGACGCUGCUGAGCUGGAAGGGCUCGCGGGCCACCGGCACUGCCUUUCUACUGCUGGCGGCGUUGCUGGGACUGCCAGGCAAUGGCUUCGUAGUGUGGAGCUUGGCAGGCUGGCGGCCCACCGCGGGGCGGCCACUGGCGGCCACACUUGUGCUGCACCUGGCGCUGGCCGACGGCGCGGUGCUGCUGCUCACGCCGCUCUUUGUGGCCUUCCUGAGCGGACAGGCUUGGCCCCUGGGCCAGGUGGGCUGCAAGGUGGUGUACUACGUGUGCGCGCUCAGCAUGUACGCCAGCGUGCUGCUCACCGGCCUGCUCAGCCUGCAGCGCUGCCUGGCCGUAACUCGGCCCUUCCUGGCUCCCCGACUGCGCAGCCCGGUCCUGGCCCGCCGCUUGCUGCUGGGGGUCUGGCUGGCCGCCCUGGUGCUCGCCGUCCCUGCCGCGGUCUACCGCCACCUCUGGGGUGAUCGCGUGUGUCAGCUGUGCCACCCAUCGGCGGUGCACGCCGCUGCCCAUCUGAGCCUGGAGACCCUGACUGCCUUCGUCCUGCCUUUUGGGACCGUGCUGGGCUGCUACGGCGUGACGCUGGCGCGGUUGCGGGAAGCGCGCUGGGGCUCGGGGCGACAAGGCACGCGGGUGGGCCGUCUGGUGAGCGCCAUCGUGCUGGCCUUUGGCUUGCUCUGGGCUCCUUACCACGCCGUCAAUCUCCUACAGGCGGUAGCGGCGCUCGCUCCGCCGGAAGGACGCCUGGCCAGGCUCGGUGGGGCAGGCCAGGCGGCGCGCGCUGGAACUACAGCCUUGGCUUUCUUCAGUUCCAGCGUCAACCCGGUGCUCUACGUCUUCACUGCGGGGGAUUUGCUGCCGCGGGCGGGGCCUCGGUUCCUUACUCGACUCUUCGAGGGCUCUGGGGAGGCCCGAGGGGGCAGCCGCUCUAGGGAGGGCACCAUGGAGCUCCGAACUACUCCUAGGCUGAAAGUAGUGGGGCAGGGCAGGGGCAAUGGAGACCCCGGAGGCGGGGGCAGGAUGGAGAAAGACAGUCAGGAGUGGUAGACUAGACCCUAAACCCCAUCUCAGGGCUCCCCUACCACUUUUCAUUGUUCUCAGGGCUCUGGAGUACUUGGGGACCCUUCUCUGAUUCCAGUUUGAGUUUGAAUCCCACAGACCAUGGGAUUGUGAGGGUGACCAUGACCUAUGCCCAAAAAUUUGUGCUUGCAGUACAGCCUGGAUCCGUGUAUCCAACACUACUUACACGUUGCCAGUAGGUAUUCUUGUGAAAUACACUGGGAAGCCAUUCACUGAUGGCUUAAGUGUGCUCCUGGAUUGUACUGAAGCCAUCUUUCUCUACCGGGCCAGGUCAGGACUGGAUGGUGUUAGCCUUCAGCGGCUUUCUGUCCUGCUUCCCCAUCCAGGUUACCUGCUUCCCCAGGCCUAUCUGGAGAACCACUCUAGAGUUUGGAAGGGGGUGGAUAAAUUCUUAGAUGCAUUUAGGAGGAAGAAGCUGGCCUGUGAGCGGGGGAAGAAAAUCUGUGUAGCGUGAAGGGAAAAUGUUCCUGCUUGACUGGGGGUUGGCACUGAGACAAAAGCACAUGACUGGAUGGGGGUAAAGGAACCUGGGACCCCAAGACUUAACCCUUCCCUCUGACCCUGGGCUACCCCUGCAUAGCCCCUAAAAGCCACCAGGCCUAAGAAGAAGCCCAGGAGCCAGAACUUGCUUUACAAGGGAAAGUUUGAAGGUUGUUGAGGAAGAGGUGUGGGAAUGGCAGGGGAAUCUGGAAAACUGGAAGUCAUGCUCAGGGAGGUGGUUCCUUCCUUUUCUCUGUCUUUUCUCCCUGUUGCCUUUCCUCUUCCCAAGGUGUUAGAAGUUCCUAACCCUUCUCCAUUACUUCCAGCCUCCAUUUUUUGGAAUCUCCCUAUUAUCAGAUCUAAAACCUGAAUGACCCUUUUGAUUUGGGGGACAGUAGAAUGCAAGGUUUUUUUUUUUUUUUUCCUUUAGGAAAUGUUACGGGCACACAAAUGACCGGUCCUUCCUAGUUGGCUCAGAACAUUCUUACUAGGCCUCAAAAUUCCUUGUUCCCAUACCCAUCAGUCCCCAGCAAGCCUGACCUCCCAAGUGGCUACUCUGGGCUCUAUUUCAAUGACGUUUCUCACCCUUCAGGCAGAGGCCGACACACACACAAAAAGGGAACCCAGUCUCCAGGGUCAUGCUACAAACACCAAAAGCAGGGUUGACGUGACUUCUGAAUCAGGGAGGAAGUGUACUUAGCAUGCCUAGGCUCUGGAGAAGGAGGAAAGACUGCUUUCUAAGGAAGAUGGAGUGGAAAGUAGCCCGGGAGAGAGUGCCAAGGCAACCCACGGUCUGCUUGGAAGGCUGUGCGUGACCCUGGAGCUUUGAGCCCGAAGCUCCAUUGUGAAACACAGAAUCCAUCCUGUCCUGGUGCUCUGGAGCAGGGGUCCCUGAACUUCCCCUGCUGUAUGCUCUUAGCCUUACACACCCCAUGUGGUCAGAGAGAUCCUUCCUCAACUCUGCCUUCUGUUCUCUUGCUGUGGUUUCAGCUCCCCUUUUCAUCAUAUCCUCUGCUUGACAGUUACUGGGCCAGCAAGUGAGGGCACUGGAGAACACAAGGGACGUCUGUGAUCACCAUUACGCUGCUUUUCACCUUUCCUAAGAAGUGACAGCGUGAAUGACAAAUGGAAAGGCCCGUGGCAGACUGAAGGAAUGUGUUCUUAGUGCUACAGGGCACUUCAAAGAGAGCCAGCAUCCUUUCUUUUCCUGAGGGGAGUAGAAGACUGUGGUGGCUUUCCAUCCUUAGAUGCUCUUGUGGCAGGGCUGGAAGGAGGUGCUGCUGGCCCUGGGCCAUCCUGUCUCUUCUUCGUUCUCAGCAUACCCCUAGCUUAGCCCACAUUCUCUCUGUCAGAGUUGAAAUCAGAUGGUACAAGGCUGUAGGGAUAUAGGAAAGAAGUGUGGAUUCUUGCCUAGAUCCUAGUAAGAAAGUCCACCGGGGCUGCUAAGUGGUCAAGUGGGUAGGGGAAGACAUCGGUAUUUUGUAUCACAAAGGAGAUCACUUAGACUUGGGUGUCUCUCAAAAAGAAGACACCAAAGAGAGUUGGCUAACCUGUAAUGGCCAGUGCUGGAUGUGGCUUGUCUCCUCCAACCACACCACGGUCAUGGUCUGACCUGAAGUCAGGAUUAGGUUGUGGUUCCCUUUGUUGAUUUUUUUUUUUUUUUUUACAUUCUCAUUGAUAUUCUUUCUCUUUGUACCCCCUCCCCUCCCGUGACUGUGGAUCUGUCUCUCUCUCUCAAUCUCAUAUAGCCUAGGGUGGCCUUGACCCCAGUAUGCUAUUUUUAUAUCAUGAUGUUACCCUAACUCACAACAAUACACAGAACAUAGUUAGUCAACUUAAUCUAAAAA